UAAAGCUCCAAAAUUUCGGCCGGGUGCUAAGCCAAGAUCUAAAUUUAGAUUUAGAGUAAAAAGUGCCAUAGAUUUUAUAUUAUAACAUACACUUUUGAAACGACUGUAGUCAUAUGUGUAAAUAAAAGGUCCAAAAUAUGAUGAGUGAACUACGUGUACGCACAAGUGAUAUAAUGAUGAUAAUAUAGUGUUUUAACGAUCAAAAUACUGUUAUUAAGUGAUGUGUUUGCUCUAUAAGAUCAGCAGCAGGUUUUAAUUAUACAAUUAUACACACGGAUAAAAUUGCACAUUUCACAAGCAAAUUAAAUUGCAAUAUGGGAGACCGGUUAAUAAGCAGUGACAAUGGAGGAGCAUGCGUGCCUUGUCCGCGCUCGCUCUGACUCUGAGAGUUCUUCGAAACUGGGAAGCUUCGGCUCCAUAGCUCACACCAUGUCCUAUACCGAGGACAGACUCACAGAAGGCGGUGGUGAUCCUGGCAUCAGAAAUAACAUACCACCUCCGCCUGACAACAAUGAUGUCAAUGACAGCGGUGAGCUCUUGGACUAUAAUGAUUCAAGUGUACUCGAGCAGUUCCAUGAAGAUGCAUUGAGACAGGCCGGUUGCGGUUUAUCUCAAGGAAAAGUGUUCCUGUCGGUUGGAUUGGCUGUGGUGGGGUCAGCUUUAGAAAUGUCAUCCAUUCCAUUUGUAUUGCCAUCUGCUGAGAUAGAGCUGUGUGUGUUGCCACAUGAGAAAAAUUGGUUAGUGAUGAUUAGUAUAAUGGGUGGAUCGCUGGGUGCUGUCGGUUGGGGUGCGUUGGGCGAACGCCUCGGCCGAAGAAGGGCGUUGUUAUCUGCGCUCGCUGUUAAUGCGGUUUUUGCUGCUAUUGCUGCCUUCAUGCCUACUUAUGGGACAUUUAUGAUGGCCAGAUUUUGUUCAGCCAUCGGUUCGGGCGGUAUCAUUCCCACGGGAUAUGUGUAUACGUCGGAAAUGAUAUCCCGGGUAAAGCGAACAAUACCGAUGGCCGUGUUCCCCAUUUGUAUGGGGGUGGGGAUACUGGUGGCGGCUGGACUCGCCCGGGCCAUCUUACCUUUGACCGGGGCCGAGACUUUGAUAGAGAAUAAGGAGCAUUUCAGCGCUUGGCAUAGGUACCUCCUCCUUUGUGUGUUGCCAAUCAUUGCGUCGUUAAUCAGCCUCAUUUGGACGCAGGAGUCUCCCCGGUACCUCCUCGAUGUGGGGAGGGAAGUUGACGCUAUGAUGGUGUACCAGAGCAUACACAGCGGCAACCAAAUCCGCGUGUGCCGCAAAGUGAGCGUGAGCAACGAUGGCGAUUAUCGUUUGGGUGAACUCUCCCUUCCGGGGAAGAGACGUCCGCCCGCCCUGCAUCACGUCAGGCAUAGCGUCAAAAUGUUUUGGCAGACAUUUUUCCAAUUAUUCUCAAACACAUACAGGAGUACAACAGUGUCUCUGGGCGGGACUUUGUUAUUCUCUAUGGCGAUAUCGUUCUACCUAUCAGCGGCUGUCCCAUCGACAGUGCUGAGCAUAGAAACGGAGGCCUUCCUCCUUUCGAGGCGUCGGGUAACGAACGUGACGUAUGAGAACGAGAAAUACAACGAGACGUUGGAGAACGUAGACUUUUAUGACGUCACGUUUCGUAACGUGACGUUUCGGGAUAUGCUCAUGUCGCACGUCACCUUCUACAAUAACACCUUCCUGAAUGUGGCCUUUUCGAAUAUUAAGACGUCGUACACCAGCUUCAAGGGGUGCCUAUUUGUUAAUUCAACUAUGAUAGACACGGAUAUAGAGAUAGGAAAGGAGUUGGACGACUGCACGCUGACCGGCAGCACAGUGCGAGGGGUGAAGGGCGGGUGCAGCAGACACGCGGACCUGACCUCCACGCUGAGCGGUCCGCUGGCCGAGCAGACGUACGGGGCGUACGCGGCUCUGUUGGCCUCGCUGCCUGUUGCGGCCCCGCACGCUUUGAGACCGCCUGUGAUCCUAUGCGGCGCGUUAGUGUUGCUAUCUCCGACACUCUACUUUGCGCAGAUAGAGACAGCGCUAUACAUAGUCGAGGCGGCUUACAGACUGAUCGUUACUGUUAUUUUCUUCACCAUCAGUAUUAAGGUGGUGGAUUCUUAUCCGGCUAAUUUAAGAUGCACGGCCCAUGGGCUGAUAUUAUCGACAACUUACAUGUGGGGUACGGCCGUACGGGGCAUGGGGGACUUUGGACCCCUUAUAAGUUGUAUUCUGUGCGCACUUUUCGCUAUCACAGCAACAGCACUCUCCGUAAGAAUACGAUAGACUGUAUCGAAAAAUACUAUGAGCGUUUGAUACAAAUUGUAAUCUUAAACAAUAAAUACGUAAAUGUAGCCGUACUCACGCGCCCAGUUUCUGAAAGUCAAGUGUCAAACUUCUGUCAGAUAGGAAUGACAAUUAGCAAUGGGCUAUUUGAAAAGAUAUUAUAGAAUUUAUAUAUAUAUUGGUUUUAUUAGCUUUUAUUUAAAUUAAACAUUCAUUAUAUCAUCCGCCCAAACGCUUCUUUAGACAAGAUGGCGUCCAGUACCUAUGACGUACAAUGCUUGUAAACACUGAAAAAUAGUCAAGUAUUUAAAUUUAAAUAAUUUACAAGUUUACUCCAUUUUAUUUGCCAAAUAGUCUUUUAGGAGAUAAUUUGAUUAAAAUGAAGAAGAAGAAAAGAGCGUACCUAUUCUUGAUAGGCCGGCAACGCACUUGCGAUCCUUCAGGCAAUGUGAGUGUCCAUGGGCGGCGGUAUCUCUUAACAUUAGGUGAGCCUCCUGUGCGUUUGUCUUCUGUAACAUUAAAGAAAAACUUGUCAAACACCAAUUAAAGUGUCAUAACGAUUGAUUGAAUGAAAAAGAACGAACAGGUCAGAAACUGGGCGAGUCAAUGAAAUUAUAGUUUAAUAAUAAUUUUUGUUAUAAAAUAACGGAUAAUGAACUUUAAUAUCUGUUAAGAAAGGUUGUUUGUGAAAAUCACCUGUGAAUUAAAUUUGAUGAGUUGGCAGUGACUUGAGCUUCCCAAAGAUAGUUCUUUAUAGCUUAAGUAACGAUUACAGACUCUGAGUACGUUCUGCUCUGGUCUUUAAUAUAGUUUUCAAAAUAUAUAUAAAGUCUCCUUGGAUAGGAUUGCGGUUGAGUGAAAAUUAAUCACUAUUAUACCAGAAUAAAGUUCGUGUUCGCUUGGAAAUGGUUCAACGAACAGAA